AGCACUUCCGCUCAACUUUGACAUGUCACUUGUCAGACGGAUUAACUAAAAAUCAGCACGAUGACAGGAUUUUGGAUAUUGUAACAUCAGUUUAAUACAAAUUCAUACAGUCUGCGAUUGGCAUGAGUAGAGGUUAUGCUAGACCAAACACCCGGGAUUCUCUCCUUAAAAAAAAUGAAGAUUAUCCAUAUGCACAAAUCCAAAAUGUUAAAAAAUCCCGGGUCUACGUAUUUGGCGAUGCAGACCUCGAGGAGGAUGAAAUCGUUGAAUAUGAGAUGUCUGAAAUGCGAUCCAGGAACCAACAAACUAAAAAGAACAAAAAGAAAAAUGAACCACUUUUGUUUGAUAGGAAAAUCACUGAUGGAGACACAUUACAAAGUCUUUCCUUACAGUUUGGAUGUCCGGUGGCUGAAUUGAAGAGGGUGAAUAAUUUUAUAACAGACCAAGACUUUUAUAGCCGUCGUUCAAUUAAAAUCCCAGUAAAACAGUACUCAUUUUUAACAGAAAUGCUUGACAAACAAAAAGAGGAGGAAGUGGAUGAUAAGAUAAAGAAUGGAAUGACUAUUGUUGAUGAAACAGAGGAGAAUGUUGGCUUCAUGGGAUCAACUGAGACAGAUAGUGAAUCUUUACAUGACCUUAGUGACCCAGAGACUCAGCUUCAAGUCAUUAGAACUAUUAGCAUUAAUGACACGUUUCGUAGCCAGUCAAAAGAAGCCAAAGAAUUCUUGAAGAAUAUGGACAAAGAUUUAUCUAAAAUACGGAACACAAGAGGUGACAGAAAUUCUUUAGAUGAGGUUGUGUCAUUACUUACCAGUCGACGAAUACAGCCUUUUCCUAAAAAGCCAGCAGCUGUCAACUGGGUAGACUGUGGGGUUCGAUGGUGGACUAUUGUUUUAGUGAUUAUUGUUGUAGCUAUACUGGUUCCCUUAGUUAUAUUAGUAUAUUAUGAGUUAAGAAGCAAGUCUUGAUGGCUAAGUCAUGUGAUAUUUUAUUCUGGAUAGUUUUUUUCCUGUCUCUCAUCCUUUUUUUUUACUGAUCAUGACAGGCUGGUGUAAUAAAGUUAAAGUCAAUAAAGGGAAUGGUUUUGUUAUAAUAAGAAAUUUUUAAAUGAUGUACUUAAUCUCAUUUUUACAAAUACACUGUACUUGAUAUACAUGUAGUAAAAUAUAUAUUGCAACAGUUAGAAAGUGGGACAUUUUCAAAAACAAAAUCUGGUUUGUUUAUACAUGUAGCAUGUGUAUGUGAUACAAAAAUGUAAUUUAGGUAAACAAAAUAUCAGUAUUUCCACUUUUUGUAAUUUGAAUUUAUUCAACUUCUUUUGUAUAUAUGUAGUUCAUGUUAUUACAUAUAAAUGAAUCUGUUAAAAUGAAUACUCAGUACAAAUUUAACAUGUGAAUUAGAAUUUUUUUAAGUUAUGAAAAGAAGAAUUAUGGUCAGAUCAUGUUUUCGUACGUCAUAUGAAUUUGUCUAUGCAUGCUUUUUUAAUGGAAAUUGUGACGUCACAAUGCAUUCUUAAUAGCACGAAAACUCAUGAGAUGAGGAUAUAUAUAUGAUAAGUGCUAAAGAGAUUGUCUUGCUUGCAACAAUUUUUUUAAUAGCCCCCUCCCCAAAAUAAUUUGGAGUUGGAGGUCCAAAAAUUUAGUCAUGCUCUAGGGAAUUUGCACUAAUUGUAUUAUUCAAUGUUUAUAGUUUCAAAAGUAUGCAGUCUUUAGGGGUGAUAAAUUUUAUGGAUGCUUUUAAUUUUACUGCAAAGAAAGUGAGACAUAUCACUGUUACUAUUUGUUUUAUAAACAUAUAUGUUAUAAAUAUGUAUAUUUACUAUGUUUUUAUUGAACAACAUGGUGUCUUUUCACUCAUUUUUCAAAAAUAAAUAGUUUCAAAUACGUUGCAUUUUUUUCACAAGAAGAUCGGAGAGCCUUUAUCAUUAAGUAUUAAUAUUAAACACUCUUUUCUCUAACUUUGGCCCAUUCCUGCCAACUAACCAGAUCUAGGACAGAGACUCCCUCUUUUUCCUUUAAAAAUUUGAAAUCUCAAUUUUUGGACCUGUUAUCUGUGAGUAAGGUUAAAAUUUACUGCUAUGGAAAAUCACCCUUUCAUCUAUUGAGUACAUUGUUGUUUUGAUAGGAUUUUAUUAGAAUGAUUUUCACUGUGAUGUUAAAAUGAUGCUAUUUGCAAAGUUUACGAUUACCAAUAUCAUCUGGAAUGUUGUUUUAACUAAUUAAAUCCAUUUAUAGAUAAUUAAAUUUUAUCUGUGUGUGUGGAACUGUUAAAAUACUCUGAACCUUAAUGCAAAAUUUUAAAUGAAAAAUGGUUUUUAGACAAAAUCUCCCCCUUAGUGUAUCUAUAAAGAGGGAGAUCUCCCACUUUGUAUAUGUAGCUCCAAAAGUUCGGCAACUUGGCAGGUUUGUGUUAGCAUCAAAUGAACCAAAAUUUGUAUCGAUUUUUGUCACAUUGUAUUUUUGAGCUACCCAUAGUUUCAAAUGGAGAAUUAUUUUUAAAAUUUUUUGUUGUUUAUCCAUUAAAACUUUACACAUUCCCAGGUAGCAGCUUUUAGAUCAUAUAAACAUUCAGAUCAGCCAGAUAUAUUAUUAUUUAUAAAGGUUGUUUGUAAAGUUCUACUUUCUUGGUGCUCAUGUGUAUGUAAUGCUUUUCAUGUGCAAUACCAAUCAUAGUCAUUGUUAGUGAUUCACUAUCUACAAUUUUUGGAAGAUUUUAUAUGAAUAUUAGGGCUAAAUAUUUUUGAUAGAUUGGAGUAAAAUAUAUAAUAUUGGCAAAAUGCACUGAGCUGGUUCAUAGAGUGAUUUUGAAUACAAUUCAUCUGGAAGGAAGGUCUAUUAUUUUAUAAAUAAUUUCACCAACUGUUCCAUGAACCAUUUGGCAUUCAAGCAUUUUUUUCAAAAUUGAUUUGAAGAACCAAACACAAAGUUGUAAUUAAAUAUCAGUAGAUUCUUCAACUUUGUAUCCAAGUAUCUUGAUAAUUAGGAUUUUUUCUAAUUCAAAUUAUCUCCCUUGUUUAUUUUUUUGUUUGUAUGACAUCAAUGCUCAUGUUAGGUAGGUAGGUAGACAAGCAUAUGUGUAUAAUGAUAUAACAAACAAAUUGAAUGUCAAAAUCAGGCUGAUAAUUUUGUAAUAUCAAUAUAAUUAUUUUAUAUCUAAUUAGGAUUGCAUUUGUACAAUGGCAUUAUGUGGCAUACUAUUGUACAUAUCUAGUCCUUUGGAUUUACACUUUUAGAUUUAAUUUGCUCGUCAAUUUUAGGAAGGUGAGAGAUUUUUCUAUGCAUGUAUUAUAUGACAAAGAAGACUGCUUCUCUUGAGAAAAAAUAUUAACGUGAUGGACACAUUGAAGUCACAUUCCAAUUAUUUUUCAAACUCUUACCUUAUUUGCAGAGAUAAAUGUAGAAGAUUUUCCCUGUCUUUGUUAUUUCCCAUGGAAUUAAUUCAUUUUUCAAAAAGUUAUAAAGUUUAAAGUAGAAAAUGUUAAAAAGUCUAUAUAAUUAAUUUUUUUUUAUAAGUCAUUUAAUUUCAGUCUAAUAAAUUAAAGAGGGUCAUGAUAGCUUCAUUAUUCUGUAUUUAUAAUUUUUGUUGGUGCAUCAUUUUGAGUUUUGAAUGGGAAUUUUCUAAAAAGAGAAAAUGGCAAUAUAUUGAUGAUUAAAUUUUAUGCCAUUUUCUCUUUUUAUUAAACUGACAUUUAGAUCCUCAGAUCAUAUGUCUGUAUAGGCUUAGUAAAUAUUAUUUUAUAGAGAUGAUCACUUCUGUCAGUGUAAAAUAAAAUUAAUUGGAUUCAUUUGAAAAUGUUUGUUUAUUAUAAAACAUAUCAAAAAGAUGGUAAUACUUACUAUUGUACAUGCAGAAUGUAUUUUAUUGAAUAGAUUUUAGAAAUAAAUAUGGUCAUUAUGGCAAAUAUGAAUACACUAAUCAGUCUGUUUCCUAAGAAACUUAAAUUAAUCUGUUACAGGUAUUAUAGAAACUAAUUAUUCUGUUAUAGUCAUGAAAGAAGCAAACCUUUGGCACUGUCCAGUUCAUUUGGGCAUAACUUAUAGAUAGCAAAUUUCUAUAUAAUCUUUAUUAAAAACACAUAUAAAAUGAACAUUUCUAUUAGAGAUUUUAAAAUUGGGACCAUUCAUGUAUAUCACUACUAAUAAUUAAAAUUAUUUGGUUGUGGUUCUAAUGUUAGCUUUGAUGUUUUGAUAUCUUUCAAGAAACUAAAACGAAAGAGAGGAUCUCAGGUAUCAACAAAAUGGCCUGAAAAGCUAUAUUUUCUUUUCACAUUGUUUUUUUUUUUAUCUUGGAAAAAUGGGUUCAUGUUGUAAAAUUGGCAUUACUGUAAGUAAUUAAUCACACACGAUAUAUUGAGAAUACAACUUGUGUUCAUGUUAGUGUUUGAAUACUGUAUUGUAAUAGUCUUCACCAUAAAAAGCUAGACCACUGACCUAAGACAGUGAAAAUUCAGUAGCCAGGGUUAGAUGAUUCUUAAAAAGUAGCUACAAGCCGUAUAGAUAUAUGUAUCUGAAACUGAUUUUUGGGUCAGUUAGCCAACAACUUUUGAGAAGACUGAAUUGUAAUAUAUUUGUUAUAAUGGUGAUGUGAGUUUAUUAUGUUGAUAAUGUUAUUUCAGUAUUAUGUAUCAAAUUUACUGAAAUAUUUUAAAAUUCAGCAAUAUUUUGCAGGACAAAAAAUUUCAAAUAAAAAUCUUUGAAAUAUUA